GACCUGCUGCUGGGCGACCAUCUACUCCAGCGGGGAAGCGGGAUUAUUUCCUUCAGCGGAGCUUCUCUCUCUUUUUUUAAAAAAAUUUGGAUUUAUUUAUUUUUUUAUCACUGGAGAGUUUUUAUUGAAACAUUUAUUUUGAAGGAUUGAUUGUAUUUAUUAGUGAUCAAGAUGGGUUGCGCUGGAUUCACCUGCUCCAAACACUCCCUAUGCGUGCUCAACAUCCUCUAUGUUAUGGUGAGCCUGCUGAUGAUCGGCAUCGCAGCGUGGGGGAAGUGGUUCGGUCUGGUCUCCAGUUUCCAGGUGGUUGGCGGCAUCAUCGGUGUGGGCGUCUUCCUCUUCUUCGUGGCCGUGGCAGGCCUCAUCGGGGCCAUGAAGCAUCACCAGGUCCUGCUGUUCUUCUACAUGAUCAUCCUGUUCAUGGUGUUCAUCGUGCAGUUCUCUGUGUCCAGUGCCUGUUUGGCCAUCAACAAAGAGCAGCAGAAUCACCUGCUGGAGGUCGGCUGGAAUAACUCUCAGAGCACUCAGCGGGACGUGGAGAAGAGUCUCAACUGCUGUGGCUUCAAAAAGGUGGACCUGAACGGGACCUGUGACGCUGCAUGUUUUCCCAACCACUCCUGUUUGCCCUGUGCAGAUAAGAUCCAGGAACACGCCGGAGAGGCUCUCCGCUUCGUAGGAGGGAUCGGACUUUUUUUCAGCUUCACCGAGAUUCUGGGAGUGUGGCUCACAUAUCGCUACAGGAACCAGAAGGACCCCCGAGCGAACCCGAGCGCUUUCCUGUGAGAUAGCGCUCUGGCUUCCACCUCACCCCCCCAACUUCAACUCUAUGGACCUUCUCUGGGCUUUAACUGUAAAUACAAGACUGUCCUGUGUGUGUGUUUCCACUUAUUGCUGCAGCAAAUGCUGUUAUAAUGUGACGUGUUUUUUUUUUUUUUCCAAGAUUGAAUUUGAAGUUCUGGAAAUAAGUUGUUGUGCGUGUGUGUGUGUGAAGGAACAGUGCACAUGUUGCCUCCAGCUCUGCCUAAGAAAAGUGUCUGAACAUAUACAGUUAGUACACUGAGCACCCGCGGGUGUAAAAAAAAAAAAGAAGGAAUAUUGUCUUCAGCAGUCUGCUGUAUAGUCCAGAUGUAUUUAUGCAGCCUGCCUGAUGUUCAUCCUGAUCCACUGUUUGUUUUUUUUGCAGUCGGUCCAACUGAACGCAAUAAUGUUAGCCACUACUCUGCAUACUGAUUACUAAAUUAUUUGAAACGUGUAUGAAAUUGUGAAUAUUGUGCGAGGAGAUGAGCUGAGAGUUGUUUUAGCUUGUGUGUGAGAGAGUGUGUGUAGGUAUGUCUGUGUGUGUUCGCCUUGCUCCUGGCUGUGUGCUGUGUUAUUUGGCCUUUUGCAUGACUCCUCUGCGAAUAGACGCUCCUGUAUGAGAACUGCAAUGAUUCUGUAAACCACCAGUCUGAGCCUUUGUACUGUAAACCACAAUAAAACACUAAUUAGAGAAAAAGAAAUUGGG